GUUUAUAGUAUGCUACACAUUCCUUUCUCCGCAUGGUGAGUACAUGUUGGUUUGAGAGCGACCAGACAUUCCACUUCUGUUAUUAAGGGUCAGAUUUAUAGGAAUGAAAAUUCAGUAAAAACAUAAGAAAGCAGAAGCGUACUUUUAGUUAGCUCCUGCUUUAUCAUGGAAUUGAAGUAGUAUUUGACUUGACGUAUGUAUGUAAUCUAUAUAAAUGUGAGCCAUAAGGCCUUGUUAUUUGAGCGUUGCAGUUUAUUAACCUUGCUAUUCCGCACUUCUUUAGCAGAGAGAGCACAAUACAGUUCAGCAAUCUUAUCAACUAGUACCGUAAGGCUUAAUCUUGCAAUUGAUGUUAUGGUAAGUUUCCAUAAUGAGGCUAUGUUCACGGCGGAGCAUUCCAGACUGUCUAAUAAGUGCUAUGAAAUAGAGUAUAUAUAUGUAUAUCUAUUAUAUUUUUAGGUUAUUGGCCUCUUUUCAAUUCAUAGAUCAAUAGGCAG